GCACAGUGGAAAUUCAUUGUGCUGGACUAACCCAUUUUAAGCAUGACGACAUUGUACAGGGAACUCAUAUUACUAACACAGGUAUGACAGGCAUUCUGUUCAGUUGGGGUUUGGGGUUUAAAUAAGAGGUGACCAGCUGCUUUCUCUGGGAGCCCAGGCCAUGCUGGAGGGCUGCUGACAGUUGUAGCCCAAAGUCUGGAUUAUCAUAACAACACCGCUACAAGAGGACUUGGAAGAGAGCGAAGAGGAGGUACAUGCAAGGUGUUGUUGUCCUGAGAGGAGCCAAUGACUUUGUGUUGACAGCACAAGUGUUGAGGAAAUAGCAGGUCUUUUCAGCAAUCCUUCCGCCCUGCGUCAGCGAGGAAAGGAGGACGCGGGUCAUCGGGAAAGAUGUUCUUUGUGGCAGGAGCCAAAAACACAGGCAGAUCGGGUGGAGGAGGUGAAAGGAGGUCGAUCUAUCAGAAAUUCCGUAAUGUGGAUUUAUUGGAUAAAAAGAAAACAGUGACAGCUCUGAAGCCAGGUGAAGAUCGGGCAAUCUUCCUCGGACUGGGAAUGAUUCUCUCUUCAGUCAUGAUGUAUUUUGUCCUCGGGAUUACAAUAUUACGCUCCUAUGCAGACAGUGUGUGGACAGAAGAGGGUGUGUGUGUUGUAGUCAACUCCACGGUCACAGCGGACAUGAACUGUUCCUACAACUGUGGGUCAGACUGCUGGAGGGUCUCCAAAUACCCGUGUCUGCAGGUCUUCGUGAGUGUCAACAACACGAGCCGCGUCAGCCGCUUAUCUCACAACGAGGAGAUGCAGGACAUCAGCUCUGAAUGUUUCUACGUGCCGAGGUGUCAAAAGGACAGCGCUGCCAUGCACGUCAUUAUCAUGAACAUCUCAGAGCGCCUGAAGGUGCACCAGCAGGUCCCGUGUUUCUACGACCCCAGUGAGCAGCAGGACACCGUCCUCCUCACACGGCUGUACGAUCACAGUGUUGUCUUCCACUCGCUGCUGUGGCCCUCCUGCAUGCUGAUGGGAGGGGCCCUCAUCAUCAUCAUGGUGAAGCUCACUCAGUACCUCUCCAGGCUAUGUGAAGAGAUAGGAAAGAUAAAGAGGUGAAAUACGUACAGCAGCUUUGAAAGAAGAGAAUUUGGUGAUGGGCAUACAUCACGAGAGGGAUGUUUGGAGUAAAAUGAGCUCACCGUGACCUCUUGCAAACUUUCCUCUUCAGUUGAGACAUUAUGAUCAGCUGAUGUUCACUCAGGAUCAAGGAUUUGACUGAUUUGUAAUAUUAAACUGAAUGUUUGGAAACUGGCACACAUAACAUGCAGUUAUACAGGGAAAACUAUGACUGGAUGGUGUCACAACUGUAACCAUUGUUACAAAUGUUAAACAAAACCAUGCUCAUAUGGAUCAAGGAAAAUAUUGCUACCUGUUUUAAUUGAUGCAUCCCAUUUUGAGAACCUUUCAAACCUAUUUGACUGUUUUUGAAGCAAUAACUUUUCCUUUUUGAUAUCCACUAUCUCAGUGACCAAAUAAUGUGCUAGGAUCUCCUAAUAAAAUGUCUUCCAUAAUCUAACAUGAGGUACUCAGAACCUGGCAUGACUGAUUGAUUGAUCGAUCCAUUAAGAUGCUCACAAAAAAGGAUCUCAUUCUAACACGAUGAACACAUGCAGACCUAGUAUUCAACUAGUGUGCACCUUCCUUAAAAAAUCGAAUUUGUGAACAGGUUAUAAAACAAUGUAUGCCUGGAAUAAAAAACAACAACACAUGCAAGGCUUUUAAAGCAAAGUUGAAGUAAAAAGGACUUAUGGUUCUAAAAUCUCAAAUUCACUAUUGACUAUUCACUGGACUUAGUUUGUCUGGACUUGCUCUCCUCUUGCUUGCGCUCGUGUACCUCAUAUCUAGAUGUAUGUACUGUGCUGUACCUUGUGCCUUAACAUUGCGUACACUAUGUGUGUAUGUACUGUAUAGUGUGUAUGCAUAUAUAUAUGUACAUGUAUAUGCAUUUAUAUGGUGCAUAUGUGUGCAUGGGUGUACACAGCUCUACCUCUACCUUUACAUGUAUGUUAUUGCAGAGGUUUUCCUUUCUUUCUUUCUUUUUUUUUUUCUUCAGAUUUUUUCAGAUUGUGUAAUAUUGGCUGGAUGGUGGGUGGCUAGGCUUGGGGGAGCAUUAAGUGUGAGUGAUUGUGAGUGUGUGUGUGUUUGUGGUGUGGGUGUCUCUGUGUUUAAAUGUUUGGUAUUAUGUUUUGGAUUUAACUGUUAUUUAGAUUUUUUAUUAUGAUGAUUAUAUUUAUGUUUUGUAAGGACCCCCUCGAAAAUGAGAUGAUGCAUCUCAAGGGGCUAUCCUAUAAAUUAGAAAAAAUACACUAUUCAUCCCCACAAUGAAUGUAUAAAACUCAAGGAUAUCUUGUGAAUAA